GGUGGACGUUCGUCCACGUUUCUCCUCCUUCCAACCAUGACUUCGACCGUUAAUGGAAGAGGCUCUUGCUAUAUCGCCAUUUCUAGAAAUAUUCCACCCCAUUCGCGGCGAUAUAACACGAAUCUACUGUAAUUAGCAAGAGAAGACAAGAAAAGAAUGGAACUAGACAACAAAAGCAGAGUAUGCGAACCUGAGAGAAAGAAACGUAAAAAUGUUAGUAUUUUGGAAAAAUUAAAAAUUUUGGAGGAAUUGGACGUUGUUAAGUCGAUGAAAGUAAUCGCGGAAAAAUAUGGUAUUCCGGAAAGAACACUGAGAGGUUGGAAAAAGAAUCGCUAUAAGCUGGAGGAAAUAAAUAGUACUUAUAUACUAACGAAUAAUUCAAAGCGUAUAAGAGUAACGGCAUUAGACCAACUCGAAGAAGCAUUAUACAUUUGGUACAAUUGUAUGACCGAGAGGGGAAUCACUUUGACGGGACCUCUAGUAAUAAGAAAAGCAUUAGAACUGCACAAGGAUAUGGGAAUUGAAAAGAAAUUUGUCGCUAGUGAGGGAUGGUUAAGCCACUGGAAAAGCAAAUAUGGUAUGCGUCAGCACGCCGCAUGCGGGGAAAGAUUUUCCCCGGAUUCAUUAGAAGCUCCUAUUCUUAAAGAAGAAUUUGAAAGUAUCAUGAGAGAAAACGAGUUAACGUUGUGUCAGAUUUUUAAAACUGACAAAACUAGUCUAAAUGUUAAAAUGAUGCCAAAGAAAUUGCACUUUAAGCCUACAGAUUUUAAACAAAAUAAAGAACGCUUCACAGUCAUGAUUUGUACCAAUGGAGAUGGAACAUUGAAGCUGCCAUUACUUGCCAUUGGAAAUUCUACCAAAUCAAAAGCAUUAGAAAAUUUGUCACCAACUUUGCUUCCUAUUCAUUAUGCUCAACAAACAAAUCCACUGAUUACCAUAGAAAUUUUUGAAGAUUGGUUCCGAAAUGAGUUUGUACCUCGGGUAACAACAUUUUUAAAAGAAAAAGGUCUUCCAGCAAAGGCAUUGCUUUUGCUCGACUAUGCGCCUUGUUAUGCCUCUUUCAAUACCUUUUAUGAAGGGGAUAUAAAAGUAACAUUUUUACAACCUAUGGACUGGGAUAUAAUAGAGACUUUCAAGAGGCAUUAUAAAUUAUUGUUUUUACAUUCAAUUCUUUUUGCACAAAAGAAUGGCAUAAACUUGACUACUCAGUUGAAAUCAAUCACUAUCAAGGACAUUAUUUACUGGAUGAGUGAUGCUUGGGAUGCUGUGAAUGAUACAACUAUUUUAAAGUGCUGGAAAAAAUUGUUACCCAAUCACUACUAUGAAAACACUAAUGAAAAUUUGGAUGAAAGUAUUAUGAAUGAAGAGAUUUUAAACAACGUACGUAAAAUUAACGAGUACCAAGAUAUUGAUGAGGAAUCAGUGCAGAAUUGGAUCAAUCCGAAAGACGAAGACACCAAUGAGGAAUCAGCAAUACCGACGAAUUCAGAGUUAAUUGCAAUGGUAGCUGUAGAUUAUAAAGAAGAAGAUACCGAUGACAACGACGCUCCACCUGAAAAUAAUCAUCCAAAUAAUGUAGUUUCGGCAGCCGAUACGCUACUUUCUUUUUACGAAGAAAAUGGUUUGUUAUCUGCAUCAGAUUUAGCUGUGAUAAGAAAAGCCAAACAGUUAGCUAUUAAAAUAGCUAUUUCGGAAUAAAUCUUGAAUAAUAUUUUGUAUAAUAUUAA